AUUGUUGUUUGAAAUUUUAAAAUUGAACUCAAUUUUGUCCCAAACAACCUCAAUUGAUAUGACUCGUUCCUCAUUUUUACUGCUCUUUGGAUAAAAUGAGUUUUUGACUAGAUUUUUAGAGCCUAGAGGUACUCCACAGCCAUUUUUGCACGAGAAGCGAGGAGGGAGAAGCCUAGAGAAACACCCAACAUUAAUGGAGAUGGAUUAUUGGGUAUCCAUCCCUAAAGUGGAGCUCCAUGCCCACCUCAAUGGUUCCGUCAGAGAUUCUACUCUACUAGAACUUGCUAAAGAAUUGGGGGAAAAGGGAAUAAUUCUUUUCUCAGAUGUGGAACAUGUAAUCCUCAAAAAUGAUAGAUCUCUAACUGAAGUGUUCAAAAUGUUUGAUUUGAUUCAUAUCCUUACAACUGAUCAUGAUACUGUCACCAGAAUCACCAAAGAAGUUGUAGAGGACUUUGCUUCCGAGAAUGUGGUCUAUUUGGAACUAAGGACUACCCCUAAGAGGAACGAUUCUAGAGGAAUGACCAAACACUCAUAUAUGGAAGCUGUGGUUGAGGGUUUAAGAAGAGUUGAUGCCUUCAACAUUGAUUUUGCUUUGACUGAAACUGAACUAUGGAAGAAAGGGACUUCAUGUCAAAGGAAUAAUGAGUGUGGCUGCCUUUCUAAGAGGAAGAUAUAUGUUAGACUUCUCCUCAGCAUUGAUCGACGUGAGACUCUUGAAGCUGCAAUGGAAACUGUUAAGCUAGCAUUGGACAUGAGGAAUUUGGGAGUGGUCGGCAUUGAUCUAUCAGGCAAUCCAAAAGUUGGAGAAUGGACAACGUUUUUGCCAGCUUUGAGAUUCGCCAGAGAGCAAGGUCUUCGUGUGACACUGCAUUGUGGGGAGGUCCCUAAUCAGGAGGAAAUUCAUGGAAUGCUGGACUUUCUUCCAGAAAGGAUUGGUCAUGCCUGUUGCUUGGAAGAGGAUGCAUGGAGAAAAUUGAAAACGUCAAAGAUCCCGGUUGAAAUAUGUUUGACAUCCAACAUCCGAACUAAUACAAUUUCCUCGAUCGCUGUUCAUCACUUUGCUGAUCUAUACAGCACGAAACAUCCACUUAUUCUAUGCACCGAUGACAGCGGAGUGUUCUCUACAAGUUUAUCAAAAGAGUAUGCCAUUGCUGCUGCCGCGUUUGGUCUUGGGAAGAAGGAAAUGUUCCAGCUAGCAAAGAAUGCAGUUGAAUACUCGUUUGCCGAAGAUAAAGUAGUAAGCGAAUUGAAAGAUUUCUUCGAUACGGUAGAAGCUGAGUUUAGCUUAUGAUGGAUGGUUAUGUGUUGCUAUGAACUUUUAUUAGUUUUUUACAUGUUUGAAACGCUCGUAAAUGUCAUUUCCUACACGAAUCCUUAUAUAAAACGGAUUUUUUUUAAUUAAAGUGAUAAAAAGAAAUGUGUAUUUUGAUUUAGAAUCAUAUUAAUUUAUUAUAGGUCUUUAUAAAGUAUUUAGGACGUAUAUUUUCAACCAUAUUCAAUGUCGUAGAUGAUCGUGUUCCGUAUCUAUUCUAUAUUGAAGUAUGUUUUUGUAUCCCUUCUAUACUCAAACGCAUACCACCUUAUUUUAUUUCACCCAUACAACCAUAUUUAGUGUCGUAAAUAUUCAUAUCCUGUAUCUUGAGAUUAAAUCUCACCUUCUUAUUGCCUAUCCUAUAAUCCAAAAGAGUUGAUAUGCUCGUCUCGUAAUGUAAUCGUAGUAUAGUCUACUUAAUCAAGAUUUGGGCAUCUUGACUUUGGUUGUUGUCUAGAAAUCUAGAUUGAACUAUAAUUAAAUUUUAAGUGGCAGGUAUGAAUAGG